UUCAGGACUCGGUUUAUACAGCCGGAGCAAAACACCAUAACAGGAAAACGGGAUAAGAUAUUCGUUUUGACAUUUGGUUUUGCUUUUUUGUAAACAGGAAUGAAGGUUUUUAUUAGCUCUUCGGAAGCAGAAAUGCCUGAAGAAGACAUUAAUGUGGCUUAGUUUGUUUGCUAAUGCUUGUGUCAAACAUACCUUUAAGCGCAAUGCCAGUUUCACUACAGCAGAAAGUCGGUACGUCCUCCUUUGAGUUUCCUCCAGACUGGGAUGAUGAUGAACGGAUGUCCUUCCUGUUCUCGGCUUUGAAAGAGAACCGAGAAGUCAACCCAACCGACUGGGACAGCAAGAUAAACUUCUGGACACCUUUGGUGGUGCAGAGCUGCAGACAACGUGGAUCUGUUUGCGUGAGCUUGCAGGACCUGAAUGAAAGUUUUCGUCGCAAGGGGAGCGUUCCUCUGGGGCUGAGUACUGUUAUACAGAGCAUGAUCAGAAGUGGUAAGGUGCAGAAAGAAUCUGACUUUGCUGCUAAUGUUGAUUCCGGCUGGCUGUCGUGGGGCGUCGGGUUGUUGUUGGUCCGACCUCUGAAAUGGACGCUGUCUGCUCUACUGGGCAGUGGACGAGUUCCACUCGAGGAGACAUUUGUGGUAAUCGAAUUGGUUAAAGAGAAGGCUGCAGCUUUGAUGGCUGCGUAUCGGAGCUCUCCUCUUGCAGGGCGCAUGCUGCUCUCAUUUCAGGAGCUGCGCUCUUUCUCCUCUCAUAUCUGUCCUGAUGAGACUACACUGUGUCUUGCGCUGCUGCAGCUCCAGAGGGAGAAACAUGUUACCGUCUCACUGCACGAGGAAGAAAAGCUGGUAAAGUUCAGUCAAGCAGGACAGGGACGUGUGUCUCCUGUCAGUGAAGUGGACUUAGGAAUCUACCAGCUCCAGCGUAGUGAGAAGCUGCUGGAGGAGAGAUUUGAGGCCCUGGGGCAGGAAGUGGAGAGAUGUAAAGAACAGGCAAAGGUUCUGCUAAAAGAGGGGAAAAAGUCACAGGCAUUAAGAUGCCUAAAGGGUAAAAAACGUGUAGAGGGCAAAGCAGAUCGGCUGUAUGCUCAGCUCGAAACCGUCAAAGGAAUCCUGGAAAGGAUAGCGAGCUCACAGUCUGAUCGCCUGGUGAUGCAGGCAUACCAGGCAGGUGUAGCAGCUCUGAGGAUUUCACUGAAGGGUAUAACAGUCGAAAGAGCAGAGAACCUGGUUGAUCAGAUCCAGGAGCUGUGUGACACUCAGGAUGAAGUUAACCAGACUCUGGCUGGAGGAGCUUUAGACUCAAAUGAAGGAGAAUCAGAAGAGCUGGAGAAGGAGUUGAAAUCUUUAUUGGAAGACGGUGCUCCAGACACGAGUCUAACACUUCCGGAUGUUCCCAAUCACCCUGUCUCUAUGAAAGCCACCAGUGUAUUGGACGACACUUUCUUUAGCUCUCUGCCCACCAUUCCUAACACUAACAUCACAGAUGAGGAGCUGGAACGAGAGCUGGGUCGACUCAAGCUGAAGGCAACGUAAAAUAUGGAUGGAUGAAUGGAUGGACGGCUGGAUAUACCUGAUGAUAUACCUGUUUUCUCACAUGGCUGGUGCAAAUAACUAGAUAGGCUUGUCACUGUAUACAAAAAAGGCAAUCCAAUAGCCUGUAUGGGCUUUUUCUUUUUUUUUCUUUCUUUGCCUUUAUGUUCGCAAUGGCAUGUUUGUGAUUUUCUUAAAAGAAAAAAACAUUUUAAAGAGUGGCCUUUUACUAGAGUAAUAUGUAUUAUGUAUUCUAAUAAAAAUAAGAAACUAUGCUUAACAAGGUGAUUUGCAGUUGUAUCAUAUGUAAUUAAUGAAUGAUUAAACAUGAUAGUAAUUCCUCGCGUUCCACUCUACUUUGUAAAAUAAACAGUCAUUGCUCUAUAAACAUACAGUCAGAAAGUCACCAAAAUUAAGUAAAUGAUGACUGGCUGAUCCUGUCAUUUGACCAAAAAAUCAGACUGGCUGAUCAGUUUUGUUAAAUUAUGAAGGCACAU